AAUGUAAUGUACAACCUAGAACAGGAGCUCAAACACGUGUUAAAAACUUUUAACCCUGUUGCCUCCUUGGCACUCUUUGUAUUACAAGUCGUUUAGUUUUCCAUUAGUUUUCCCCUUCAGACUGCAAAUUCCCCUAAACCCCAAGAGACCAUAUUUUACCCUUAUUUUAUACAUACUUGGUGUAAUGCUUAACACUUGGUAGAGACUCAUAAAUAUUUCUGAAUAAACUAUUGAAAAGGGUUCCGACAAAAUAUAAAAGUGAAAUCAGAAAGAUGAAAUCAAGAACCCGACUCAACUUUUUCCCUUAUAAACAUAAGGGUAGUGGCUUUAUUCACAAAUAUGAUUUUUACGGACCAGAGAAAAGAAGUUAAAGAGCAAACAGAAUGUCGUUGGGAAAAAAUCUCAGAAGAAACGAGAAAAUUCCAGUUGACUGUCCUUUAAAAUAAAGUCCUGACACAACUUUUAACAAGAAUAAAUGGAAGUUUUGGUUUUCUGAGAUUUACGAUGUCCGCAAGUACUAGGGAAAAAUUCACCGUAACAUAUAAACAGGACCUAUCUUACUGUUUCUGCGCCUUUUGUAUGUUACGCAGAUAACUGGCUUCCUUUUCCUUCACUGUACAAAAUCUGAAUUCGAUAUAAAUCAUGAUAUUAAAAUUUCUCUGGUCCCGACGCAGAACCUUUUCCGGUGUAAAGCCCACCUUCCUGCAAUGUUGCGCGUGCUCAGUGUACCUUACUGCUUUGCUCCGCUUUGCUGCAUCUCCGACUUUUAACAGGUAAGGAUAUCCUGGAAACUAGGCUACAGUCGACUGGUACAAACAAAACCCAGGGGGUUACCAAAAGCUUUCGGGCACGUAAACUGAAAAGGGGUGAUCUGUCUCAGCUCGAAAAUCUCCCAUGGCCAGGAGCCUAAGUACACAAGCUGUUUGCACUCGUGGGGUCCCGGGGAAGGGGAGGAUGAUGGGAGAAGACGAGAAACUACAAGUCCCAGCAUGCAGUGCACAAUCUGCCUUCUGGAAAGAGGGCCUCCGUGCGGCGCUGCCCGACCGCGGGCCGUAGGCGAGGUGCUGACUGUCGGUCGACCACAAUGUUCAGAAUGAGGAAGACAAGUGGGGCGCUGUGAAUGAGCCCUUAAGUCCGGUAUUCAUGACGUUUGCGGUUUCGCGGGGGACCCUAGUAUGCUGAGGAGUGGAGUUUCUGUGGGCGAGUCUCGUCAGUCCUCGCCGGUGUCCGACCUCCACAGUCCCAGAGCCUCCACCGUUUCCAUGGGACGCCCGGGCCGGAUAUGAUGUCGCCGUAGAGGAAGAAGGAAGAGGAGGAGCGGGCGCGGUGACGUCCUUCCAAGAUGGCGGAGAGAGCGUGAAGAAACUGUUCCCCCUUGGAUUGCUCUAGAACAAGGGUAAAAUUCCAUUCUGAUAUCAAAAUGCAGUAUUCGCACCACUGUGAGCACCUUUUAGAGAGACUGAACAAACAACGGGAAGCAGGUUUUCUUUGUGACUGCACCGUAGUGAUUGGGGAAUUCCAGUUUAAAGCUCAUAGGAAUGUGCUUGCCUCAUUUAGUGAGUAUUUUGGUGCGAUCUACAGAAGCACUUCUGAGAACAAUGUCUUCCUUGAUCAGAGUCAGGUGAAGGCUGAUGGAUUUCAGAAACUGUUGGAGUUUAUAUACACAGGAACUUUAAAUCUUGACAGUUGGAAUGUUAAAGAAAUUCAUCAGGCUGCUGACUAUCUCAAAGUGGAAGAGGUGGUCACUAAAUGUAAAAUAAAGAUGGAAGAUUUUGCUUUUAUUGCUAAUCCCUCUUCUACAGAGAUAUCUAGUAUUACUGGAAACAUUGAAUUGAAUCAACAGACUUGUCUCCUUACUCUACGAGAUUAUAACAGUCGGGAAAAAUCAGAAGUGUCUACAGAUUUAGUUCAGGCAAAUCCUAAACAAGGGGCUUUAGCAAAGAAGUCAUCUCAAACUAAAAAGAAGAAGAAGGCCUUCAACUCCCAGAAAACAGGACAGAAUAAAACAGUGCAAUAUCCCAGUGACAUUUUAGAGAAUGCAUCUGUUGAAUUAUUUUUAGAUGCAAAUAAAUUAUCCACACCUGUAAUAGAACAAGUUGCACAAAGAAAUGAUAAUUCAGAACUCGAAUUGACGUCAGUUGUGGAAAAUACUUUUCCAGCACAAGAUAUUGUGCAAACUGUUACAGUGAAACGGAAACGUGGAAAAUCACAACCAAACUGUGCUCUGAAAGAACACUCUAUGUCUAAUAUAGCCAGUGUCAAGAAUUCUUAUGAGCUGGAGAGCUCUGGGGAAGAGCUGGAUCAGAGGUAUUCCAAGGCCAAGCCAAUGUGUAACACAUGUGGGAAAGUGUUUUCAGAAGCCAGCAGCUUGAGAAGGCAUAUGAGAAUACAUAAAGGAGUUAAACCUUAUGUCUGCCACCUGUGUGGAAAGGCAUUUACCCAGUGUAACCAGCUGAAAACGCAUGUAAGAACUCAUACAGGUGAAAAGCCAUACAAAUGUGAAUUGUGUGAUAAAGGAUUUGCUCAGAAAUGCCAGCUGGUCUUCCAUAGUCGUAUGCAUCAUGGUGAGGAAAAACCCUAUAAAUGUGAUGUAUGCAAUUUACAAUUUGCAACUUCUAGCAAUCUCAAGAUUCAUGCAAGGAAGCAUAGUGGAGAGAAGCCAUAUGUCUGUGAUAGGUGUGGACAGAGAUUUGCUCAAGCCAGCACUUUGACCUAUCAUGUUCGUAGGCAUACUGGAGAAAAGCCUUAUGUGUGUGAUACUUGUGGGAAGGCAUUUGCUGUCUCUAGUUCUCUUAUCACUCAUUCUCGAAAACAUACAGGUGAAAAACCAUACAUAUGUGGUAUUUGUGGGAAAAGUUUUAUUUCCUCAGGAGAGCUCAACAAACACUUUCGAUCCCAUACAGGAGAAAGGCCAUUUAUCUGCGAAUUAUGUGGAAAUUCUUACACAGAUAUUAAAAAUUUAAAGAAGCACAAAACAAAAGUCCAUUCCGGUGCAGAUAAAAUUCUAGAUUCUAGUAUAGAGGAGCAUCCCUUGAGUGAACAAGAUUCCAUACAAAAAAGUCCGUUAUCAGAAACAUUGGAUGUGAAACCUUCUGAUAUGACUUUACCAUUGUCUCUUCCACUUGGAACUGAGGACCACCACAUCCUUCUGCCUGUGACAGAUAAUCAGUCUCCUACAUCAGAUACAUUGUUGAGAUCAACUGUGAAUGGGUAUUCAGAACCACAGUUGAUUUUUUUACAGCAAUUAUACUGACUUUGUGAGGAAUAUGGAAUUUCUAAGACAUCUCUGGUAGUAAACAUAAACAUCUCUGGUAAGGUGCAUAUAUUCAUAUUAAAUUACCAUUCGAGAUGUAACCAUUAUUUUUUUUCAUUCACUGAAGUAAACACCUGAUGCUGCAUCA